AAAGUAAAAUUGGAAUUUCACCUUUACUAAAGCAAAGCAAAGCAAGCGAUUCUCUCUCUCCAAAAAAAAAAUAUAAUAAUACUCUCUUUUUUUAAAUUCUCAUCUCUUUCUCUUUUUCUCCAUUUAUUUUGUUCAAACUCCGAGCAAAUGGAGAGAGCGCCUUGAAGAGAGUACUUUUCAUAUUAGAUUAAAAGCUUCAGCCCCUGGGCAUGGCAGCGCCGAUGAAGAAGCUUGUGGCGGUUCUUACAGUGGCAUUUGUUUUGCGAACAGCGGUACCGGUUGCCGGAAUGGAAACGCACCAUGUGGUUGGCGGCGACAGAGGAUGGGACGUCGAUUCGGACAUCGGCUCUUGGUCGGCCGGAAGAAUAUUCAGAGUGGGAGACAAAAUUUGGUUCGCAUACUCUGUGGCACAGGGUAACAUAGUGGAGGUGCAAAGGAAAGAGGAAUAUGAAGCGUGCAACGUAACCAAUUUCACGAGGAUGUAUAGUGACGGCAUAGACAUCGUGUCCUUAAAUGGAGAAGGAAUUCGGUACUUCGCUAGUAGCAAAGCCGAGAACUGCAAAAAUGGCUUAAAACUUCACGUACAAGUGCAAGCCCAGGCCCAAGCCCAAACCACUAUGAACGACGUGGCAGAUAAUGAUUCGGAGGCAGUUCCACCUACUCCUUCAACCUCUUCUCCACCACUCUUCACUCCCCCCACCCCCCUUUCUUAUCUCACUCUUUUGCUUCUUGCCCAUGCCUUUACUUAAUUAAUUGCUGCAUUACAUAAACAUGUUGUUUCCUUUUAAUAAAAUCAACUCUUCUACUUCUACUUUUACGCCAUUUGUGUCUUUCUUGCCUUUUACUUUCUUUAAUCUUAUGCCAAUCUUAUUUAUAUUGCUUACCUUAUAUACAUUCCAUAUUCAUGGUGAUAAUGUAGAAAAAGAUGAACUCAAAACCCCAUCUUUCCUCCUAAAUUUAUUUAUAUGUUAUCAUAAUUCUAUAAACAAACAAAAAUACUUAAAUCUAUCACUUCUUCAAAAGUAGCUUUUUUAAAUCUCUAAAACCCAAAUAUUAUUUACUCAAUGCUUCAUAACAUUCAAAUUCAUACCAAUAAAAAAUGCACCUCUCUUUAACAAAUAAUAGAGUUUAUAUCAGGUAUGUUUUAUUUUAAUUAAUUUUUGUUGUGAUGUAAUGGAGUUUUGGUUAUUUGUAUGUAGUGAAAAGAUGUUCGAACUUGAUAGUGUAGGAUAGAAAAUGUGUUUGGAGGGAAUUUAAAAAAUUGAAGAAUGUUUGACCUAAUUUGUUUGCGUUUAAAUAAUAAAGUAAAUGUAAGAAAGUAAAUUAAAAAGAUAACUGAAUUAUAAAAUAGGAUAAAUUGGGAGGAAAAAAAAGAAAAAGGAAAAAGAAGAUGAAAAGAAAAGUAGAGUGGGAAUGAGUAUGAAUUAUGAUCCACCAUGGAAAAGGAGAUCAUCGGAUGCUCCUAAAACGGUAGCCACUCUGCUCCUCCAAAUCUCACACAAUAUUCCACUUCCACACUUCUUCACCCUCCAUCCCCCUUCCUCCAUGAAUACCACCACCUCCUUCUACUACACCACCUCUUUCUCCCACUCUUUUCACAAUCACGAUGACCAUUCUACCCCUCCCAACCCCACCCCAAUUCUCAUCCAACCUCCUCCUCUCCUCCACUCCUCUGCCGCCUCCAAGAUCCAAGCCGCCUACCGUUCUCACCGGAUCCGCAAUCUCUUCAAAACCAUCGCAGCCGUCGACACAGAGGCUGAUCAGAUCCAGACUCUAAUCCAGCGCCAGGAGACGGUCGACGCCGUUAGGAGCAACCAACUCGAGAAGCUCAGGAUGAACGAGGCCUUGAUGACUCUUCUUCUGAGGCUGGACUCGGUGCCGGGGAUUGACCCCGCGGUGAGGGAAGCGAGGAGGAAGGUCAGCCGUCGGAUCGUGGGCCUGCAGGAGAUCUUGGAUGCCGUGUCGGAGGCGAAGGUGGACUUCAACGGAUGGGAUUGCGACGGACUUGUGAGGAAUUGGGACGAGACAGUGGCGGAAAUGGAGGCGGAGGUUUGCCGGGAGAGAGGGGGCGAUGAAAUGGAGAGGUUCUGCGCUCAGUACUUAGGGUUCCGUUGCUUCCAGAGGUUUCUCAGUGGGUCAUGAUCUGGUGUGGUGUUGCGUAUAGUUGUUUUGAAUGUGUUUCAUUAGAUUUAGACACGUGUUUUAUUUGUAUUAUUAUUAUUAUUAUUAUUAUAAAAUGUAAUGUAUUGUAAAAUUACAAAAGGAUAUAAUGUAGUGGAACAAUUGUAUUGUAUGUGUUUACAAAUAUUCUAGUGUUUAUUUUAUAGAGCUUAUUACGAUAGCC